AAAAAAAUACCAAUCAAACGUCCAUUUAAAAAUGGAGUCUUGCCCAUGGGUUCCUUUCGGUUGAACAUCUCAUCGCCCCCACUUCACUCUGGUCCUCUUUUCCUCCGACGACUUGACUCAUUAUUCAGGUUCAAAUUCUACAUGCCCGAUUCAAAUCAUGAUUUUUUCACUUAUCAAAUGAAUUUGGAUUUUAUCACUGAAUCGACAUAUAAACGUAUAAACGAAGGGUUUCUCACAUUGGUUUUGAUUCUUAAAAUUUCAGCUCUUGCAGUAGUCAUUUCAAUGGAAGUUGCGGGUACUGAAAUUCGAGUGCAGUCAUUGAUCGAGGAUGGUAAAAAACCAGUUGUGCCUCCUCAAUACGUGCAGCCAGUCGAAGCAAGGCCACGGCAUACGCCCGAAGCAAAUAAAAAUUGCAUAGAGGCCCCACCAAUUAUCGACCUUUGCAGUUUGGACUCUGUAGGUGAAUUGGGCAACGCGUGCAAACAGUGGGGGGCAUUCCAUGUGGUGAACCAUGGGAUCCCAGCCAAGCUGUUAGACGAGAUGAGGAGAUUGGGCUGCUCGUUUUUCGAGGACUGCACUAUGGACCAAAAGCUUCGUUUUGCGUGCAAUCCCAAUUCGCCUGCUUCGGAGGGCUAUGGUAGCCGAAUGCUGGUCGAGUCGAAUGAUACUGUUUUGGAUUGGAGGGAUUAUUUUGAUCACCAUUCGUUACCCCUUUCACGCCGGGACCCGUCCAAGUGGCCGUCUUUUUCUUCCAAUUACAGAGAAGUUGUAGCUGAGUAUAGUGACCAAAUGAGCGUGCUCGCUGAUAAAUUACUACGUAUGAUAUCCGAGAGCUUAGGACUUCCUUCUUCGUGCAUCAAAGAAGUUGUUGGUGAAUUUUAUCAAAACAUCACGGUUAGUUACUACCCGCCUUGCCCGCAGCCCGAGCUGACUCUUGGCUUGCAGUCUCAUUCAGAUUUUGGUGCAAUUACACUUCUUAUUCAAGAUGAUGUUGGGGGGCUUCAAGUCUCUAAGGAUGGAGAGUGGAUUACUGUAAAUCCGUUAAGUGAUGCUAUCUUUGUGAUUUUAGCCGACCAAACUGAGGUAUUUCCCUUUUCUUUCUCUCUUUAA